CAGCUCAGUCCUCUGUGCAUCCCGCUCACCGGCCGCGCUCACUCACAGGCCAGGAUGGCGCUCUGUCUGGCCCUGCGCAUGGCACUGCUGCUCCUCUCCGGGGUCCUGGCCCCUGCGGUGCUCACAGCCGAGGGCCCGCAGGAGCCCGUGCCCACCCUGUGGAACGAGCCCGCCGAGCUGCCGUCGGGAGAAGGCCCCGUGGAGAGCACCAGCCCCGCCCGGGAGCCGGCGGUCAGCGGCCCGCCCUCGCCCACCGCCGCGCCGAGCCCCGAAGACAGCACCGCGCGGGAGCGUCUGGACCAGGGCGGCGGCUUGCUGGGACCCGGCGCCAUCGCGGCCAUCGUCAUCGCCGCCCUGCUGGCCACCUGCGUGGUGCUGGCGCUCGUGGUCGUCGCGCUGAGAAAGUUUUCCGCCUCCUGAAGCGAAUAAAGGGGCCGCGCCGCAGCGCGACUCGGC